AUGGACAAGCCAACCCGAAGGGAGAGCAGCUUUCAGACACAGAUGCGUGUUGGCAAAGCCGUGGGCAACACUCCUGGACUUCGUGUUGCAGCUUUGUGUCCGAGGGAGUACACUGGAGCUUGGGGAGAGAAGCUGAGUGUUCUGUGGUUCUGUCUACACUGCCCCCCUGACUGGCUGUUUCUCACUCUUGCAGGUGCCUGCGUGAAGUGCAGCACUGGAGUGUUUGGGGCUGGCCAGGCCUGUCAGGCCAUGGGGAGCCUUUACCACGACGCCUGCUUCACCUGUACGGCCUGCAGCCGGAAGCUGAGAGGAAAAGCCUUCUAUUUUGUUAAUGGCAAAGUGUUUUGUGAGGAGGACUUCCUGUACUCGGGCUUCCAGCAGUCUGCUGACAGGUGUUUUUUCUGUGGACAUCUGAUCAUGGACAUGAUCCUGCAGGCCCUGGGAAAGUCCUACCACCCAGGCUGUUUCCGCUGCGUCAUCUGCAACGAGUGUCUGGACGGGGUGCCCUUCACUGUGGACUCCGAGAACAAGAUCUACUGUGUCCGGGAUUACCACAAGGUGUUGGCCCCCAAGUGUGCAGCCUGUGGACUCCCCAUUCUCCCUCCUGAGGGCUCAGACGAGACCAUCCGAGUCGUGUCCAUGGACAGAGACUACCACGUGGAGUGUUACCACUGUGAGGACUGCGGGCUAGAGCUCAAUGAUGAGGACGGCCACCGCUGCUUCCCCCUAGACGGUCGCCUCUUCUGCCACUCCUGCCACAUCAAGAGGCUGGAGCCCGGCCCCUCGGCCACUGCCCUCCACCAGCACCACUUCUAGCCCCAGGAGCCUCCGGGCCUCUCGGCGCACAGGAAGCCGGGGAUAUACAAGAGAAGCUUGCUCACCGAAACCGGCGGUCGCUGCGAUGGAAUGGGGGUGGGGUGGGGUGGGGUGGGGAAGACAUGCACGGGGUCCUUUCCCGGAGCCAGAGAGUGAGCCCUACCUGCCCGUGCCUGCAUUUCCCAAGUGCCUUUCUCUGCCGCCACGUCUGCACUGAGUCACUCAGGAAGCAGCUGCAGCCAGCCAGAGUGUGACAUGUGACGGGAGAUUGCCUCACUGCGAGUGAAAGCCCCCCCCCCAGCUAGAAAGAUCCUUGCACCCAAACAGCCCACCCCUCACCACCCCCCACCCUGCACACACACAUACCCCGAACGGUCUAAGAAGACUCGCUUCCACUCCAGAGCUUAAGUGCUUUUUCAGGCAGGGGGAUUGGGUCUAACAUACUUGGUGAGCCGCAGCCCAGCUCUGAAAUGAGACAUGGGGUCUCCUCUGAGUAGGCUCAUGUGUCUUCACUCCCUUCCAGGCGGCCGGGAGCCUGGUGAGCUUGGCCCCGUCUUAGCCGAGUGUGCUUUGGGGAAAGAACUUGGUGCAGGCACCAGGUGUUUAAUUUUUUUUUUUUUUCCUCCUCCUCUUGUAGAACUUUCUAGAGUCUGUGACUCUGGAGUUCUCCUACUAAGGCAAGUCUCAGGAUCCUAUGUGGAAACACCUCACGUACCUGUCUUGACUGAGCAUGGGCGCUUUAGGAAUCCUGCCCACAUCCUGAGAGCCCGCCCUCGUGACAGCCGGGAGGUGGUGUGUGAGCACACUGCUAGGCCAGCACGAGGGCUGUGUGUGUGUGUGUGUGUGUGUGUGUGUGUGUGCUGCAGGAUAAGUUAUUAUAUUCAGUUCAUAGGUUUCUCUUUUGCCCAGUUCUUGGCACAGAUAUUGUGUUUUCAAGAAAUCAUUAUAAGGUACACUGCUUUUGUCUGUUUUCUCAACUUCUUCUUCUUCAAAAAAUUUUUUUUCCCUCCACUUUCAGUCUCUCUCUCUCUCUCUCUCUCUCUCUCACACACACACACACACACACACACACACACACACACACA